UUUGUGUGAUCGGGGAGUGCACAGCCGGGGGAGCUUCACUGUCUCCACUUUUUCAUUCAUUUGGAAGAGUAACGUUAAGCAAGAGACCAGCAGGGAAAAUGCCGUAUGAACUGAAACAUGUAUUCGCCAGCCUCCCGCAGAUGGAGAGGGGAGUUGCGAAAGUGAUUGGCGGCGAUCCCAAAGGCAACAACUUCCUGUAUACCAAUGGGAAGUGUGUCGUCAUCAGGAACAUUGAAAACCCGGCUAUCGCAGAUAUUUACACUGAACAUGCCCAUCCAGUUACUGUUGCCAAGUAUGCCCCCAGUGGAUUCUACAUUGCAUCUGGAGAUGCAUCUGGAAAGAUCCGUAUCUGGGACACCACCCAGAAGGAGCACCUGCUCAAGUACGAGUACACCCCUAUUUCGGGGAAGAUUAAGGACAUUGCAUGGACAGAGGACAGCAAGAGGAUUGCAAUUGUUGGUGAUGGACGAGAGAAGUUUGGGGCAGUGUUCCUGUGGGACUCUGGCUCCUCAGUGGGGGAGGUUUCCGGCCACUCCAAAUUAAUCAACAGUGUAGACAUAAGGCAGAAACGCCCUUACCGCCUUGCCACUGCCAGCGAUGACACCUCUGGUUCCUUCUACGAGGGGCCUCCCUUCAAGUUCAAGUUCACAUUACGUGACCACAGCCAGUUUGUCAACUGUGUCCGUUUCUCUCCAGAUGGAAGUCGGUUUGUGACAGCUGGUGCUGAUGGCCAGAUUUUCAUCUAUGAUGGAACAAAUGGCGAGCGUGUCUGCUCGCUGGGUGGAGAGAAGGCUCACAAAGGAGGAAUCUAUGCUGUCAGUUGGAGUCCUGACAGCUCCCAACUGAUCUCUGCCUCGGGGGACAAGACCGUGAAGCUCUGGGACGUUGGUGCAGGUACGGCUGUCACCACCUUCAACAUGGGCACUGAUGUGUCCGACCAGCAGCUGGGCUGCCUGUGGCAGAAAGACCACCUCCUCAGCAUCUCCUUGUCAGGAUACAUCAACUACCUGGACAAGAACAACCCUGACCGGCCCAUACGCACAAUCAAGGGUCACACCAAAUCCAUCCAGUGUCUGACAGUUCACAAAAAUGAUGGCCGAUCAUACAUCUACUCGGGGAGUCACGAUGGCCACAUAAAUUACUGGGAUUCAGAAACUGGGGAGAACGACUGCUUCUCAGGAAAGGGCCACAGCAACCAGGUGAGCAAGAUGGUGACUGAUGAAGCCAACGAGCUGGUGACAUGCAGCAUGGAUGAUACGCUGCGUUACACCAACGUCAACAAGAAGGAGUACAGUGCCUCUGAUCUGGUGAAGAUGGAUUUCCAGCCCAAAAGCGUGUCAGUUGCACCAGGAGGGCUGUCACUGGCUGUCUGCAUUGGGCAGGUUGUCUUGCUGAAGGAUAAGAAGAAAGUCUUCACACUGGACAAUCUCGGCUAUGAAGCAGAGGUGGGAGUUGUCCACCCUGGUGGCACCACGGCUGCAGUGGGGGGAACAGAUGGGAAAAUCCGUCUGUACUCAAUUCAGGGCAAUACUCUGAAGGAUGAGGGUCAAACAAUUGAGGUUAAAGGUCCGAUCACAGACAUGGCCUACUCUAAUGAUGGAGCCUAUCUGGCUGUCAUUGAUGAGAAGAAAGUGGCCACGGUCUUUACUGUGGCAGACGGCUACUCGGUCAAAAGUGAGUUUUACGGACACCAUGCCAAACCAGUGACCUUGGCCUGGUCACCUGAUAACGAGCACUUUGCGACUGGUGGGAUGGACAUGAUGGUUUAUGUCUGGACGGUGAGCGAUUCAGACCAGAGGCUCAAAAUCCCAGACACUCACCGGUUGCACCAUGUUAGUGGCCUGGCCUGGGUAGAUGAGCACACUCUAGUCACCGCCUCCCACGAUGCCAGCAUCAAGCAGUGGACAAUUAAAUACUGAGCUGAACAAACAUCCACAUCUCCAGGGACAAGGACUACUGUAGAAUUCAAUCCUUUUUUUUUUUUUUUUCUUUUUUCUUUUUUUUUAAUUGUUUUCAUUAUCUGAACGGUGUUCUAUGCUGUCUGUAAACAUCUGAAUUGUAAAUGGUUAUGGAUGAGGCUCCCAUAAAAGUUAUCCAAGAUAAUGUAUUUGAUGCGAAUAACCUCCACUUACACCGAGAUGAAAUAUACAAUGUAACCAUGAGUGCUUUUCCAUCUCUUUGAGCGUUAUGGACCCAGAAAAAUAUUUGUAAGCUCAACAUUCCAUAGGUCAUAGCCUUCACUCAGUUUCAACUGAAAUACUUGUCUGUGGUUGGGCUCAAUACAUCUUUACUUAAUGGAUGAACCAAAAGCAAGUUGUUUGUUUAAAUCAACAAAAUCCUGUUUGAAAGAAAUGAAACCUUUUGGUUACAUUCCUGAAAUGAGACGUAACUGGUCCUAACUGCAAUUGCCUGUCACUUUUUACUUUCAAGGUUUUAAGGGGGGUGGGUGUUGUUGCUUUUUGCUUUGUCUUAGGUUUAAUUCUUUUUGUGAUUCAUAACUCUUCUUGUUGGACUGGGGAGCAAUAAUAGGAAGUGAAAGAACAAAUUAUGUAAACAAUCAAAAUGCUGUCUGUUCAGUUGAAGGUCCUGUGUUGUUGCUGUGUCUUUGUUUGGGCCCACUAUGCUUGUCUCACUUACUUUUUUUUUUUCAUAUCUUUUAUGCAUCUGCUUCCAAAGUGGAAGUGAUUCAUUAAUAAUAACAAUGAUUAUAAUAAAAAAAACACUUUUUAUGCA